AUGACUGGUGGAUUUGGGGCAUUUUCUGAGGCCUAUCCGGAGCUUUGCUACACUUCAACCACCAAUCACUGCGCAGUGGAGCCAGAGCCAAAAGUGACAGGCCGGAGGACACCCGCGUAUGAUCAGGAUGGUCCCGUGGAGCUGCUACCUUUCUUGUUUUUGGGCAGUGCCAUCCACUCCUCCCGCAGAGAGACUCUGGCUGCAGCCGGCAUCACAGCUGUGCUCAACGUGUCCUCCACCUGUCCCAACUUCUAUGAAGGGGAGUUUCAGUACCUGCGACUCACUGUGGAGGACACACUGGCUGCAGACAUCAGAGCCUGCUUUUCUGCCGCAAUUGCAUUCAUUGACUCGGUGAAGCAGAGCGGUGGAAGGGUGCUGGUGCACUGUCAGGCAGGUAUAUCCCGCUCAGCCACCAUCUGUCUGGCCUACCUCAUGCACACUCAACGUGUCCGGCUGGACGAGGCGUUCGACUUCGUCAAGCAGCGGCGUCACGUCAUCUCGCCAAACCUGGCUUUCAUGGGACAGCUGCUGCAGUUUGAGACUGAUGUUCUGUGUCAGGGAUAAAGGCACAAAUCCAUCUGUGAAAUUUAACUGACUCUCCUGCCUCUUGGCAUAUUGCGUUGGACUCGCCGCACUACCAGGACUCAAACCAUAUGCAUAAAUGUGUUGUUGGUACUGUUGAAAAGUUCACUUUGUACAUUCAGAGGAAAGCUAAAUGUGUUGCUGGCAUCACAUGGUUGCAGUCAUAUUUUGAAAAUGCUAUCUUUUAGCAAUGUAAACCACAGUGUCAUGGAAACAUUAUGAAAAACUGUGAUUCUGAGCCAGCUAGCUGGAACAGCUAUGAGGUAAUUUCCCUGACGUUAUACUUGAGUGGAGUUGUGCCUGCUUGUUUGGUUUGUGUGUGUGUGUGUGUGUGUGUGUGUGUGUGUACGUGCAGGUGUGUUAUUUUGUUUGACUUCUGUGCCUGAUUGAUUGGAAGGGCUGACUUAUUUUCAUACACUUUUAACCACUGUGACAUGAUAUGUCUUUUGUAAGGAAACACUGUGUUAUCUUCUUAUAGCAAUAGUUCAUUUUUCUCAUGUUUAGAAAGUUAGAAAUGCACCUACCACAGCUGGUAUCAUUCUAUAUCCUGAGACAGAUUGGUACACUCAAACUGGAAAAAGUUGUUUUUGUUUUUUUUUAAUUGUGUAAAUAUGUUUUGUUAUUUAUUUCAGUAUUUCUUAUGACAGUGUUACUGACAUCAAUAACUCUUACUGCACUUUAUACC